AUGAUUUUAGAGUUGAACGAAGAAUCUUGGUUAGAUCUUUUUAUACCAAAAGUGCUAUCUAUUUCCCUUCGAUUAGAACUUUUGGAACCAAAAUCGGUUUUGCUCAUUCUUAGUUUUAAAGAGAAAUAUCCAACAUGUUCUGCAAAAAUUGAUCAAUUCAUUGAUUUGUACACAAAAUCAGAAAUGCGAAAUACAGCAUUUUCAUCUGAAGAAUCAAAAAUCAAUGCACAAGUUAUUAUCGAGUUGAAUUUACCAAGUUUGUGUGGAGUACUUUGUGCAAGACUUGUUCAUUCGAAACAAGAAAUUAACUUGAAUAUAUUACAAGAAAUUGUAACAGUGAUGAAACAUUUUGGAAUUCAAGUAUUGGAAGAAUGCUUAAAUGCCAUUGUAGAAGAUAUGUUGGUAUACCCUUUACGACAAAGGAUUGAAGCAUAUACUCGACUGGCUGGUGGUGAAAGUGAUGAGGCUAAACAUUUUGCAAGCAAAAUACUCUCAAGUAUUAUUCGAAAAUUUGACAACACAUCAGAAGAUCCAUCUGAAGAAUGUGCCCAAUUACUAACAUUUUGUAGAAAGAAUGACAAGAUUACAGAGGAAAUGAGUAUUGCAAAAGUACUAGUUGAAAAGAUUACCAAAGCAAAACAUGGUCAUUCUCUAGUACAAAAAUUAAUCAAGGAAAAUGGAACUGAAUGUUUUUGGACUGGAUCAGGAUUGAGAUUAGUUUUGGAACAUUGCUACAAACUUUUAUACACUGCAGCUUCAAAUGUAAAUAUACCAAUUGACUUUGACCUUGGAGUUGACUCUACGAGUGAAUGGGUUUUCAAACAUGUUAAAAUCAAGUGCAAAUGUGAUCAUUGUAAAAGUGUAAAGAAAUUCCUUAAAUCUAAUGACAUGGAAUUUUCUUUCAAGGAGAAGAAGGAUGCCAGAACACAUGUGGAAACCAUUCUAAAUGGCAUUGACGAUAUUAAGAGAGAAACAAUCAAACAUGGCUCACCUCAAACUCUCAAAUUAACCAAGAUUCGUACAACUCUCGAAGCCAAGAAGGCAAUUGUGACCUCAGCCGAAACUGUUCUCAAACAAUACAUUGAGUAUGCCACCAAAUCAGAUCAGAAACCACAAGCAAGACCAGCCUCUGAAUCUGUAUCAUCCUCAACUACUGAUCCACCAACCAAGAAAGUCAAACAAUAA